CGGAAGGUUGCUGGGGCGCCGGCGUGCGCGGCGUCACUGAGCUGCGCCAGCUGAGCGAUGGAUCCCGGCUCCUGUCCUGCGAUCUCAGAGGCUCCCUCGGUUCCCUAACGCCCGCGGACUCCGCUCCCAUGUCCUCGGUGCUUCCAGCACCCCGGGCCCGCCACGCCCAUGGCCACUAGCCUGAGGAGUCCCUCUCUCAUCCAGCGUUCUUCGUCCUCCAGCAGCACAGACGACGAGGGCGUGCGUGGCACAUGCGAAGAUGCUUCUCUAUGCAAGAGGUUUGCAGUAAGCAUUGGCUACUGGCAUGACCCUUACAUCCAGCAUUUUGUGAGACUGUCUGCAGAGAGGAAGGCCCCCGAAAUUAACAGAGGAUAUUUUGCUCGAGUCCAUGGCAUCAAACAACUUAGAAAGGCAUUUCUAUGGAAAACAUAAUGUCAUUGUCAGAUUCUAAACCUCGGGACUGGGAUGGAUACGACCUUCUGGAAAUUAAAGGUAAGUUAAGACUCCCCCUCUUCUGUCCCCAAUUGUUUUUUUUUGAUGAUGCUCACAUGGUUCCAAAUGUUUAAAAACAUAUUAAAAGUGAUGCCGUGACAGCCUGUCUUCCACCCCGUGUCUGCCUGCCCUCCACAGCCACCAUGUGCCUUCCCAUCAGGGCCCUAGUGAAGGCUGUGUGGGUGGGUUUCUCAUUUUGUGCUUCUACACACAGGGUUGUCAUAAAAAUCUUUGUGUACAUUUUCCCCUGCAUGUGUGGAAAUAUAUCAGGAGAAAAAAUUCUGUCAGUGGAAUUGCUGAGACAGCACACACAUUUGUAACUUGGAUGGUAACUAAGAUUUUAGUGUCAUGUUAACAGUGUCUUAGGUAAAGUUUGUGUGUUUUCAGGGAUGGGUGAUGAUAAUAUGAUGUGAUGCCAUUUUGUAGCCAUUCUCUGACUCGAUCCUUCAACUGUUCUGUUAGGGAUCAAGAGCAGGUAUAAUUAUGCACAUUCAGGAGAAGGAAAGGUGGGUGUGGUUAGUGGCAGAACCAAGGCUGAAGUGCUGGGCUUUCCUUCCUCGGCUGGAAUUUUCCCACCCAGCCCUUUCCCUACAAAGAUCUCUCCUGACCUCACUUCCAUUUUUGUCGGUUUGUACAGAUUUUUCUUGGUCUUCUAUCACGUCAGCAGAGGACCUGAUAGAAGUGGCAGUACUGGGUAUGUGCAUUUCUCUGGAUCUCUUGCAGAGGCACCCUAGGUCAACUAGAGUGUGAGGGCACAACGUGACGUGCGUAUAUGUUUUGUCCUUUAUCAGCUCACCUGAAAGGAGGCCGUUGGUCUUCAGAGCUCCCGACCUUUCUCUUACCCAAGUGAGAAAUCAGUGGCCUCAACACGGCCUUAGUAUUAAUCGUGUGCCUCCGUGUUCUUCUUCCAGGAUAAGAUAACUGACAUUUAUGAAGCGCUUUCACACACAUGACCUCCUAAGUUACCAUGCGAGCUCUGAGGGGCGUUUACACACCCUGGGAAGGUGGGGCACCAGUGGCUCUGGAGCGGGUCCCCAGCACUGGACUCCAUCUCACCCAAUUCCAGAUUCCUUCCUCUUUUCUGUACCACGCACCAUCCUCGGGUUGUUUCGGGGGUCUUUCCUGUAACGCAGUGACCAUGGUGCAGUGGAAGGAACCGGGGUGAGGGGUGUGCGGUGCCAUUACAGAGGCUGCUGGAGAAAGCUUUUCUUUGGGCCUGACUCACUUUUGACUUGGUCACGCGGUUUGGUUUUUCUCCUUAUGAUGUAGGUGGGUUAAUUAAUAAAUCUGAGAUUUUUAUUUUUGAGCAAGGUACUCCAACGUUCAUGUGCCGUUUCCAAGCAAAAAGUGUUGUGUCAGGAGACGAGCACAGGGUAAGAAGUGCUUUGUGGAAGUUUUAUGUUUGGGUUGGUAAUUGUAUUGUUCUGAGGGAUUUUUAAAAAUCUGAAGCUCCUUUAAAAAAUAUGUUGUGCUUGUUUGCUCUCUCAGAGCAGGGAUUGCCUGGGCCAAAUCCAACCUGCCACCUAUUUUUGUAAAUAAAGUAUUAUUGGAACACAGCCACUGCCAUUUAU